UUUAUUUUAUCUUUUUUUCAUUAACAGAAAGUCGUGGUCUAGAAUUCAAAAAUCAACUUUUGGAAGCACAGUUUAUGAGAAAAUGCUUGAGAAAUGCCCGUCCAUUGAGCGUCUUUUCAAUCCAUCAGAUCCGUUAGCUAUUUCGCGUCAUGAACGUUAUUUUACUGAAUUAGCUCAAUGGGCAGUAGAUGGAAUGUCAGAACCCGAUAAAAUUUUAAGUAAUUGGUUGGAAAUGGUUGGAAGGGAACAUGCUCAAUUUCGUGUAAAGCGUUCACAUUGGGAUUUUAUGGGAGAGGCUUUAGCUGAAUCUAUCUGUCAAUCAGCAACAAUUACUGGUAGACAAAGACGUGAAACUGUACAUGCUUGGCGAUUACUUCUUUCAUUUCUUGCUGAUAGACUUGGAGGAAGUUCAUCAGCUCCAAUUGUCUCAACUCAAGAUGGUGGGAUUGGCUUUAAUCGUAUUCAUCUUCUACAACUUGUAGCUGAUGGCCCGAGACAGGGUCAGGUUGAAGAGAAGGAUGUUAAGAUGUUAUGA